AUGUCAGAGCACAACACAUUCCUGCCUCAUUUGCUUCCACCACUGCAUGAGCACUCCAUUCCAUCCAUUGACUGCAAUGACAGUCCUCGUUCCUUUGACACUCUCUUGAGCAAAACGGAGGUGAAUGAACAUGCACAACAUUCUGAAGACACCCAUUUUACCAUUCAAAUCUUACAACCAGAUGUUUCCCUACACAAUUCGCCGUCCUUCACUCUCAAUCAGAGAAAUUUCAUUCAAUCCAUCUCCAUAAGCAAUGAAUCCAACAACAUGAAUUCGAGUCCAAGGUCCUCCGCUCAUUCGUCUUGUUCCAAAUAUUCGUUUUUGUUUCCUCCACUCAUUCGUUUCGUGUUUGCAUGUACCUUCUUUUUCACAUCAUCCUUUCUGACUCGUUUCAUAACCAUGCAUAUUUUGGUUCCUUCAGUUGAUUUAACACAAACUCCACUCCAUGAUAUCCUCCUAGAUCGAAUUUCAUCUCCUUUUCCAGAAGCUUUUAAAAUCACAGAAUGUAUUACGGCAGUUUUGGCAUUUCUCAUGGUUUUGUUGUCGUGUUUCAAUCGAACUCAUAGAUUCAAUAUAUUAGCUAGAUUUCUCUUGUUGGAUGGUGUACUGCUGAUAUUAAGAAUCAUUGUCAUGUCGAGUACAAUCUUGAGCAUUCCCAAUGCCAAUGAUGUCACAAAAUGUCAUACCUUACAACAAAUGCCACUUAAGGAAAGAUUAUUUGGGACAAGUGCUUCGAAGAAUGAACAAGAAACCACCGUGAUUGGUUACACUUGUGGAGAUUACAUGUUUUCAGGUCAUACCUGUGCUGUGACAUUGUGUACCUUCUUUGUCCUGUAUUAUUCUUCAACAACUUAUUCGUUCCAGUCAUCUAGUUCGAGAAUUGGAAGAAGGAUAUGGCUUGGAAUGAGAAUUGUUGUGGUGUGUGUCCUGAUUUCAGGUUGCAUUAUGGGAUUGUUUUGUAUUGUGUGGUCAAAAGAACAUUACACAGCAGAUGUGGUUGUUGCUUGUCUUCUCACUGUCCUAUUGUGCAUGUUGUAUCAUUAUCAAUUACACUUGUAUUGUCAAGUCAAAGCCAUGAAGCUGCAGAGUAUGAAUGAAGAAGAACACUCCACUUCAUUGGAAAACAAUGUGUGUAAAGAAAAAAAGAGAUCGUCCUCGAAUCCUCUGAACUGGCUGACAUGUUGGUUCUUCUCAUGGUUUGAAUAUGACAUGACCUAUGAAGAGCUUUUGAAGAGCAAUGAGUUUGACUUGAAACCAUUAGAGUGGAUUGGAAAGGUUUGGAAAUAUAUUCAGAGUCUAUUCUUCAGAGGAAUGAUUCCACAUCAAGAAGAAGAAAUUGGCAAUUCCUAA